CUCACACAAUGCACAGUGCAUUUGCACUCACAGUGCAUUCACACACAAUACACACACGGUACACACUGCACACUCAGUGUAUUUGCACAGUGCACUCACACCCACAGUGCAGAUACACACGUCACACAGCACACACAGUGCACUCACUCACAGUGCAUACACACGUACACAGUACACACAGUGCACUCACUCACAGUGCAUACACACGUCACACAGUACACACAGUGCACUCACUCACAGUGCAUACACACAUACACAGUACACACAGUGCACUCACUCACAGUGCAUACACACGUACACAGCACACACAGUGCACUCACUCACAGUGCAUACACACGUACACAGUACACACAGUGCACUCACUCACAGUGCAUACACACGUCACACAGCACACACAGUGCACUCACUCACAGUGCAUACACACGUCACACAGCACACACAGUGCACUCACUCACAGUGCAUACACACGUCACACAGCACACACAGUGCACUCACUCACAGUGCAUACACACGUCACACAGCACACACAGUGCACUCACAGUGCAUACACACGUCACACAGUACACACAGUGCACUCUCACAGUGCAUACACACGUCACACAGCACACACAGUGCACUCACUCACAGUGCAUACACACGUACACAGCACACACAGUGCACUCACUCACAGUGCAUACACACGUACACAGCACACACAGUGCACUCACUCACAGUGCAUACACACGUCACACAGCACACACAGUGCACUUGCAGUGCAGAUACACACAUGCUACACACACGGUACAUUUACACAGCACACACAGUGCACUCACUCACAGUGCAUACACACGUCACACAGCACACACAGUGCACUCACUCACAGUGCAUACACGCGUACACAGUACACACAGUGCACUCACUCACAGUGCAUACACACGUCACACAGCACACACAGUGCACUCACUCACAGUGCAUACACACGUACACAGCACACACAGUGCACUCACUCAGUGCAUACACACGUCACACAGUACACACAGUGCACUCACUCACAGUGCAUACACACGUACACAGUACACACAGUGCACUCACUCACAGUGCAUACACGCGUCACACAGCACACACAGUGCACUCACUCAGUGCAUACACACGUCACACAGUACACACAGUGCACUCACUCAGUGCAUACACACGUACACAGUACACACAGUGCACUCACUCACAGUGCAUACACACGUCACACAGUACACACAGUGCACUCACUCACAGUGCAUACACACGUCACACAGCACACACAGUGCACUCACUCACAGUGCAUACACACGUACACAGUACACACAGUGCACUCACUCACAGUGCAUACACACGUACACAGCACACACAGUGCACUCACUCACAGUGCAUACACACGUACACAGCACACACAGUGCACUCACUCACAUGCAUACACGCGUCACACAGUACACACAGUGCACUCACUCACAGUGCAUACACACGUACACAGUACACACAGUGCACUCACUCACAGUGCAUACACACGUCACACAGUACACACAGUGCACUCUCACAGUGCAUACACACGUCACACAGCACACACAGUGCACUCACUCACAGUGCAUACACACGUCACACAGCACACACAGUGCACUCACUCACAGUGCAUACACACGUACACAGUACACACAGUGCACUCACUCACAGUGCAUACACACGUCACACAGUACACACAGUGCACUCACUCACAGUGCAUACACACGUCACACAGUACACACAGUGCACUCACUCACAGUGCAUACACACGUACACAGCACACACAGUGCACUCACUCACAGUGCAUACACACGUCACACAGUACACACAGUGCACUCACUCACAGUGCAUACACACGUCACACAGUACACACAGUGCACUCACUCACAGUGCAUACACACGUACACAGCACACACAGUGCACUCACUCACAGUGCAUACACACGUCACACAGUACACACAGUGCACUCACUCACAGUGCAUACACACGUCACACAGUACACACAGUGCACUCACUCACAGUGCAUACACACGUACACAGCACACACAGUGCACUCACUCACAGUGCAUACACACGUACACAGUACACACAGUGCACUCUCACAGUGCAUACACACGUACACAGUACACACAGUGCACUCACAGUGCAUACACACGUCACACAGUACACACAGUGCACUCACUCACAGUGCAUACACGCGUCACACAGCACACACAGUGCACUCACAGUGCAUACACACGUCACACAGUACACACAGUGCACUCACACCCACAGUGCAUACACACGUACACAGUACACACAGUGCACUCACUCACAGUGCAUACACACGUCACACAGUACACACAGUGCACUCUCACAGUGCAUACACACGUCACACAGUACACACAGUGCACUCACAGUGCAUACACACGUACACAGUACACACAGUGCACUCACUCACAGUGCAUACACACGUACACAGCACACACAGUGCACUCACUCACAUGCAUACACGCGUCACACAGUACACACAGUGCACUCACUCACAGUGCAUACACACGUACACAGUACACACAGUGCACUCACUCACAGUGCAUACACACGUCACACAGUACACACAGUGCACUCUCACAGUGCAUACACACGUCACACAGCACACACAGUGCACUCACUCACAGUGCAUACACACGUCACACAGCACACACAGUGCACUCACUCACAGUGCAUACACACGUACACAGUACACACAGUGCACUCACUCACAGUGCAUACACACGUCACACAGCACACACAGUGCACUCUCACAGUGCAUACACACGUACACAGCACACACAGUGCACUCACUCACAGUGCAUACACACGUACACAGUACACACAGUGCACUCUCACAGUGCAUACACACGUACACAGUACACACAGUGCACUCUCACAGUGCAUACACACGUACACAGCACACACAGUGCACUCACUCACAGUGCAUACACGCGUCACACAGCACACACAGUGCACUCACUCACAGUGCAUACACACGUACACAGCACACACAGUGCACUCACUCACAGUGCAUACACACGUCACACAGUACACACAGUGCACUCACUCACAGUGCAUACACACGUCACACAGCACACACAGUGCACUCACUCACAGUGCAUACACACGUCACACAGCACACACAGUGCACUCACUCACAGUGCAUACACACGUCACACAGCACACACAGUGCACUCACUCACAGUGCAUACACACGUACACAGCACACACAGUGCACUCACUCACAGUGCAUACACACGUCACACAGUACACACAGUGCACUCACUCACAGUGCAUACACACGUACACAGCACACACAGUGCACUCACUCACAGUGCAUACACACGUACACAGUACACACAGUGCACUCUCACAGUGCAUACACACGUCACACAGCACACACAGUGCACUCACUCACAGUGCAUACACGCGUCACACAGCACACACAGUGCACUCACUCACAGUGCAUACACACGUACACAGUACACACAGUGCACUCUCACAGUGCAUACACACGUCACACAGUACACACAGUGCACUCUCACAGUGCAUACACACGUCACACAGCACACACAGUGCACUCACUCACAGUGCAUACACACGUACACAGCACACACAGUGCACUCACUCACAGUGCAUACACGCGUCACACAGUACACACAGUGCACUCACUCACAGUGCAUACACACGUACACAGUACACACAGUGCACUCACUCACAGUGCAUACACGCGUCACACAGCACACACAGUGCACUCUCACAGUGCAUACACACGUCACACAGCACACACAGUGCACUCACUCACAGUGCAUACACACGUACACAGCACACACAGUGCACUCACUCACAGUGCAUACACACGUCACACAGUACACACAGUGCACUCACUCACAGUGCAUACACACGUACACAGUACACACAGUGCACUCACUCACAGUGCAUACACACGUACACAGUACACACAGUGCACUCACUCACAGUGCAUACACGCGUACACAGUACACACAGUGCACUCACUCACAGUGCAUACACACGUCACACAGCACACACAGUGCACUCACUCACAGUGCAUACACACGUCACACAGCACACACAGUGCACUCACUCACAGUGCAUACACACGUCACACAGCACACACAGUGCACUCACUCACAGUGCAUACACGCGUCACACAGCACACACAGUGCACUCACUCAGUGCAUACACACGUACACAGUACACACAGUGCACUCACUCACAGUGCAUACACACGUCACACAGUACACACAGUGCACUCACUCACAGUGCAUACACACGUACACAGUACACACAGUGCACUCACUCACAGUGCAUACACACGUACACAGUACACACAGUGCACUCUCACAGUGCAUACACACGUCACACAGUACACACAGUGCACUCACUCACAGUGCAUACACACGUCACACAGUACACACAGUGCACUCACUCACAGUGCAUACACACGUCACACAGCACACACAGUGCACUCACAGUGCAUACACACGUACACAGUACACACAGUGCACUUGCAGUGCAUAUACUCGCACGGUACACAUUCACUCAGUGCACACUCAUGCACAGUGCAUGCUCACACAGCACAUUUACACAGUGCACACCCAGUGCAUUUGCACUCACAGUGCACAUACACACACAGUACACACUCAUGGCACACUCACACCAUAUAUUUACGCUGUGCACACACAGUGCAUUUGCACUCAAGGUGCAUAUACACACACAGUACACACUCAUGUACACACUCACAGUGCACAUUCACACUCUGCAUUUCCACAGUGCACACACAGUGCAUUCCCAUGCACAGUACAUAUACACACGGUACACUCACACAGUACACACACUGUGCACAGUGCCCUCACACAGUGCACACUCACACUGCAUUCACACACAGUGCACACUCACAGUGCAUUCAUACACAGUACACAGUGCACAUGCACACACAGUGCACUUACAGUGUACGUGCACAGUGCAUUCACAGUACACACACUGCACAUGCACACACAUUGCACAGUGUACUCACAGUGCACUCACACACAGUACACACAGUACACACACACAGUGCACUCACACACUGCACAUGCACACUCACUGCACAGUGUACUCACACAGUGCACUCACACAGUACUCACACAGUACACACACACAACACACAUGCACACUCACUGCACAGUGUACUCACACAGUACACACACAACACACAUGCACACACACUGUGCAGUGUGCUCACAGUGCACUCACACAGUGCACACUCACACACCGCACAUGCACACUCACUGCACAGUGUACACACACACCGCACAUGCACACACAUGUGGGUAUUUCUACUUCUCUGGAGUCCAGUCUGGGGCACGGGGGCCAUGGUGUAGAACGGGGGCUCUGCACUGGGCCCCUGCAAAGGGAGUGCCUACAGUAAAGUGCCCAGGGCUUUGGGGGGAUUCCCCGUGUCACAGAGACCCACUCAAGCAGUGGGAGGCCGCAUGGCCGAGCCUCAAGCUCUUACCAAGGGCAGGGUCUGGAGGCAUGGGCGAGUUUUCCACAUCAUCUGCCUCGGAAGAGCCUCGAAGAGCUGAGGAGGGAGCCCACCUCCCCAAGGCAGCCCAGCAGGCCAUGGGGCAGCAUGCAGUGAGCAGCAAUGUCAGGACAGGCAGAAGACGCCCUGCCGUGGCUCCGUAGCCCACGUCCUUGGUCAAAGCCACUUCACUCACUCCCUGCUACAAACCCAUGGAGGGCACGGGCAAGGAACACCUCUGGGUCUGAGAGCAGCCAACCCACAAGGACCUGCACUUCCGAUGGGACAGACAGGAGACCCCUCCCCUCCCCAGUCAGGCCCACCCAGAGCUCGGCUCCACCUCUCCCUGCAGGCCUUCUAAUUGAGCCCCACGCAGAGCCCCAUGGCAGGAGCUCUACAGGACACACGCGAUUGUCUGGGACGUCCACUGCAAUGCAAGGGCCAGACCGGUCCCUCCCAAGGACACCGGGCCAGGCACAGAGGGCUUGCAGAGCUGACACUGACAAGUACCAAGUGCCAUUACUACAGCCUAAGU